AUGGCUUCUGCUCCUUCUUCGUCUUCUUCUUCUUCUUCUUCUAAACUUUGCUUCAAUUCUGACUGCAAGGACUUCAAGUCUGAAAGACCUAAGAAAGGUUGGAGACUACGUACUGGUGACCUAGCCGAACUUUGUGAUCGAUGCGGUUCUGCUUUUGAAGAAGGGAGAUUCUGUGACAUUUUUCACGCAAAUGCUUCUGGUUGGAGGAAUUGUGAGACUUGUAGAAAGCGAAUUCAUUGUGGGUGUAUUAUUUCAAGUAACACCUUCGUGUUGUUGGAUCCCGGAGGAAUUGAGUGUUUUACAUGUGCCCGCAAAAAUAUUAUUUUGCCAUCUAAUCUGCCAUGGCCGCAAUCUUUAUCUCUUCAAAAUCGUUUAUCGGAGAGGCUUAGAGACAUAUCUUCCAAAAGUUGGAGUCAGUUAGCUGGAUCAGGACCUGUACCCUGGAAGCAAGCACCCAGUUUAUUCAAUCCAGCUUCUUCAUCUGACAUGCCUCCAGACGGGCACUCUGUCGUUGAGUUACCAAAUAACUUUGACAAAAUUUAUGGUAAUGAAAGGUUACCAACCUCAUCCUUGGAAAAGAAAAAUGAAGAUUUUUCUGGAAUAUCGGCUAAUUGGAAUGUCAAACUUGGUUCAAGGGAAAUGGUGCUUAUGAAUGGAAUGAGGAACGAGGACAAAUCAAGUCCGUGUAUAAAUAUGUGCCAACAGCAUCAUUCCCUUAAGGAAGAUUCAUCUUCUCAACCAUUUGGUUUAUCUGUACCUUAUUCAUCCCCAAAUGAAAGAAAUGGUCUAAUUGGGGUAACUGGAAUUCAUUCACAACAAACUCCACCUCAUCCAGGCAAGCAAUUUAGUGGCACAAUGCAUUUAGCUCUUGACUCAUCAAAUGAAGCUCAGGUUCGCAAUGGACGACCUCGAGCAGAUGCCCGAGGAAGAAGCCAGUUGUUGCCACGUUACUGGCCCAGGUGUACUGAGCUGGAGCUACAACAAAUAUCUAUCGAUUCUAAUUCUGUAAUAACUCCCUUGUUCCAAAAAACUUUGAGUGCUAGUGAUGCUGGGCGAAUUGGGCGUUUGGUACUACCCAAAAAGUGUGCUGAGACCUACUUCCCACCAAUUUCUCAGCCUGAAGGGUUGCCACUUAAAAUCCUUGAUGCAAAAGGAAAGGAAUGGAUAUUUCAGUUCCGCUUCUGGCCGAAUAACAACAGCAGAAUGUAUGUUUUAGAAGGAGUAACUCCUUGCAUACAAUCCAUGCAGCUGCAAGCAGGUGACACAGUAACAUUUAGCCGGUUGGAGCCAGAAGGGAGGUUGGUUAUGGGAUUUAGAAAGGCUACAAAUGCAAUGCCACCUGAUCAGGAUAAUGAAGCCAAUAAGACUGGAAAUGGAUUUUCUGCACAUGAAGUUGAAUUGGGUGAUCCUAGUUCUUGGUCAAAAAUUGAUAAGUCGGGAUACAUUGCAAAAGAAGCACUGGGGAGCAAAUCUUUAAUCUCUAGAAAGAGAAAGAACAACAUAUUGGGUUCAAAAAGUAAACGUCUAAAAAUUGAAAAUGACGAUAUAAUAGAGCUGAAGAUUACAUGGCAAGAAGCUCAAGGCCUGCUCCGCCCCCCUCCUAACCAUGUUCCAAGCAUUGUGGUGAUUGAAGGCUUUGAGUUUGAGGAAUAUGAGGAUGCUCCAGUGCUUGGGAAGCCAACUAUUUUCACUAGUGAUAAUAUGGGUGAAAGGAUUCAGUGGGCUCAAUGUGAAGAUUGUCUGAAGUGGCGCAAAUUGCCAGCAUGUGCACUUCUUCCAUCAAAAUGGACGUGUUCUGAUAAUUCUUGGGAUCCAGAAAGGUCUUCUUGUUCAGUCGCACAAGAGCUUACAUCAGAACAACUUGAGAAUCUGUUACCCCCUUCUGGUUCCAAGAAAAUGAAGGCUGUUAAGCAGGAUCCUGAUCAUGCCGAAGCUUUGGAGGGACUUGAUACACUUGCAAAUCUAGCUAUCCUGGGGGAAGGGGAGGCUCUCCCGGCAUCUUCCCAGGCCACAACUAAACACCCACGACAUAGACCUGGCUGCUCCUGCAUUGUGUGCAUCCAGCCUCCAAGUGGAAAGGGCCCCAAGCAUAAGCAGACAUGCACAUGUAAUGUCUGUCUAACGGUGAAACGUCGUUUCCGUACCCUUAUGCUACGGCGCGAGAAGAAGCAAUCAGAAAGAGAAGCAGAGACAACACGUAAGAAGAUGCAGCAACAGAAUUCUCAGCAAUUGCCUUCAUCUGAGAUUUUGCUCGAUGAUGAUUCUUUGCAUAAUAGUAAUACGGGUGAUAGUAGCCCAAACAUGAAUAAGGAUGGUAAUGACGGUUCCGAUGAUGAUCCUCACCGGAUAAAAUCAUCCGUGUCUCCGUUUAAAGGCCAAAUUGACCUCAAUAUCCAGCCAGAGCGAGAAGAAGAAUUGUCACCUGGUUCAGAUUCUGGUGUAGUGAAGCUGCUCCACGAUGCAACUGAGAUGUACCUCAAGCAGCAGCAGAAUGUGUUGAACUCUGGUACCGGAGAUUCAUCAGGUAGUCAGUCACAGCAUGUAGGAGAUGUAGUGAGAGAAGAGAAGCUUAGCAAUGGUGUUAUCCAUGGUAGCAGUAGUCAUAAUGCAGAUAAGGAACAUACUCAGUCUUUGCCCAUGAACGUGUGA